AAAUUUACAUGAAAUAUCGAAAUUUACUGUUUUUUGAAUAGGUACUUUAAAAUAAUCUAUAACAAUGACUUAUGAUAUUUUGAACCCGUUAAACACUAUCACAAGAUUUACGCAGGAACAAAGAAACGACAUUAAUGAAUGGUUUAGUUCCGAGGCAAAACCAUUACUUUCAGUAGAUGACAGUGACCCUAUCAAUGUUGUUACCGUUGAACAAUUUGAACAAUUUCUGGGUUUGAAAAAGUACCAUAGAAGAAAUUUUUACUACCCUACAUAUGCUGAAAUUAUGAAAGAAGUGGAAAGAUUAAAAAUGGGAACAACAAGAGUUCUAACAGAAAAACAAGUUUUUUUCUUGCUUAACAAAUGGCUUAUACAUCCAGAAAUCAAGAAAGAAUUGCUACUUGCGUUUAGGGCAUUUGAUACUGAAAAAAGAAAUUUUCUUGAUACGAAUGAAUUAAUCGAAAUUGUGACAAAAGAUGGUGAUUUAUUUGAUGAAGCUGAGAAGAUCGAAAUGCUAAGAGAUGCGAAUAUUCAUGGCGACGGAAACAUUUAUUACGAAGACUUUAUUGAAAGCAUGUUUAUUCAAUUUCCCCAACUCAAUCAACUAAAAACAGAAUACCUUUAUUUAGACCCCGAAGAAGACCCUUCAGUGCCACCAUUGCCACCUUCAUCACUUGAUCCUGAACUGGAGCCUGAAGAGGAAGUUUCAUCGCCACAAACAAAAAAAUCAAAAGGAUCUUCAAAGAAGCCAAAAGGUCCAAAGUCGAAAAAAGGGAAGAAAGGAAAGAGUAAAAAGCUAUAAGUAAAUUGCCAUUUUAAAUAAUAAAAGGCCUGUGAAAUAAAAAAAUA